AUGGCCUUCCUUACUUUGUUCCUAGUCGCCACAUGUCUGGGUGCAUAUGCGCUGUACAAGUACUUCGAGUCAUGCCGUCUCAACAAAGUUCCUGCAGGGUUGAAGCAGCUCCCAGGGCCGAAAGGCUACCCUAUCAUCGGAUCUAUUCCUGAUGUACCCGAGAAGAAUGGCUUCAUCAAGUUCGCAGACUGGGGCAAGGAAUACGGCCCCAUCUACCAAGUCAAUUUGGCUGGCUCCAACCAUGUUUGGAUCUCUUCAGAAGCGAUUGCUCACGAUCUUCUAUCCAAGAAGGCAGCCAUCUAUUCUGACCGUCCACACAUCCCAGCACUGAUUGACGACAACCGUACCAGUGGACAAUACUUGCCUCUGCUCAGCAGAAACGAGGGCCAUACCCGCCAAAGAAAGUUCGCCAACGUCAUCAUGCGUGAAUCCGAAAAGGCGACCUUCCACCGGUAUCCCGAGUUGGAAGCGAAGCGUAUGCUCGUUGAGCUACUCGAGGAACCUGAUCAGUACAACCACGCUCUCGAGUCCUUCAUUGCCCGUGUCACCUCUCGCUUAGCAUGGGGCCAUGCCGAAGCCAGCGACGAACUCAAACAACGCGCGCGCGAACUCCUCGUUGGUGUAUCACCCACAGGCGCACUGCCUAACAAGCUCCCAUUCUUGAUGGCUCUCCCCGACUGGAUGUCGCCGGCCAAAGCGUGGGAGAAGCGUCGCGCUAAGACGGAGCGUACGUUUUUCCAGACCAUGCAGUCGCAAGUUGAAAGGGAUAUACAAGAGAAGACAGCACCAGCUUCUUGGAUGAAGACUUUCCUUAUACAGGGCGCAAGCAAGUUCGGGUUCGAGUCGGAAGUUGAAGGUGCAUACGCUGUUGGCAUGCAUGGCAUUGCUGGUGCCUUGACAAUCGCCGCACCGAUGCAGUCCUUCUGCUUGGCCAUGUUACACUACCCGCAGUACUUACCUAUGCUUCAGGAAGAGAUUGACCGUGUUUGUGGUGACAGACUUCCUGUCGCAGAAGACCGUCCAAACAUGCCAAUGCUGCGCGCUAUCGUUCGCGAGUUGAUCCGCUGGCGCCCACCAGUGCCGACUGGCAUUCCUCAUUUCUUGACACAAGACGAUGAGUACAACGGCUUCCAUAUUCCCAAGGGUAGCACUGUUCAUCCAUUGGAAUGGGCCAUCUCCCGCGACCCUGAGACCUACCCCGACCCCGAGACAUUCAACCCUUUGCGAUGGCUCAAGCCCGAAUACCCCACAUAUCGAGAACCUCUCACGCAAUUCCCUACUAUCAUCAACUCCUCACAGUUCGGCUACGGACGACGAGUAUGUCAAGGACAGACCGUGGCUGACGAGGACCUUUUCAUCGGCAUCGGAUCCAUCGCCUGGCUCUUCCACAUCUCAAAGCGAUCGCAGGACAAGCCACCAGUUCCCAAGAAGCCGAAGCACCUUGUUGGUAUCAACAAGAAGCGCACAAUUUCCAACGAAGAGCUCAACGCCGGCCUCAAGUCGUCAGAGCUGAUGUCAGAAAAGAAGAGCGUCGAGCUCGCAAGACCAACACGACCCUUCCCCGCAGGAUACAAGCCUAUAGAAUGGGGCCACCCGUCUCAGAAGCCCGAAGAUCCCACGCUCGAUUACUCCAUCCUGCUGAUCGCAAAGCCGAUUCCUUUCCAAUUCGACCUGAAGCCACGAGACACGCGGCGGUCGAAUAUGGUCAGGAGCCUGUUCAACGAAGGGCUCGAAAAGGGGCACUACAGCAAGCCCCGCGAGUACUGGGGCCCGAACCAGGGUCGAGGCGAGUCUUUGGGAUGGAGCAAAGUGUGA